UCCACCCAGCUCCCAUUCCUGCUGAGACGCAAGACACGACUGUGAGUGUGCCAAGGAGAAGGGCAGCUGCCGCGAUGCUGGGACUCCUCCCCACUUUCCCCUGCCUGCUCCUCCUCUCCCUGCUGGGCUCCAGCUCUGGUUCCAAUGACGAUGGCACCGUGGUGCUCACCACCAGCGGCCCCAUCCGGGGCAAGCGCCUCCAGGUCGGCUCCAGCACAGUGACAGCAUUCCUGGGCAUCCCCUACGCCGAGCCCCCCGUGGGGGCCUUGCGUUUCCAGAAGCCAAUUCCCCACCAGCCCUGGAGCCACGUCCUGGAAGCCUCUAGCUUUGGCAAUAUGUGCCACCAGCCUCUGCUCACUGGUUACCCUCAGACUGAAACACAGACAUUCAAAGUGCCACAGUCUGAGGACUGCCUCUUCCUCAAUGUCUGGGUGCCCCAUCCCCGUCCCUCUCCGCCAGCCGCCAUCAUCACCUGGAUCCACGGUGGUGGGUUCUUCACAGGGGCAGCCUCACUCGACAUCUAUGAUGGGCGCUUCUUAGCUGCCACUGAGAACCUGAUCGUGGCUUCCAUGAACUACCGGCUGGGGGCGCUGGGCUUCCUGUCCCUGCCCCCGGCCGCCCCGGGGAACGCCGGCCUAUGGGACCAGCGACUGGCGAUGCGCUGGCUGCGGGACAACGCGGCCGCCUUCGGCGGGGACCCGGCCCAUUUCUUACUCUUCGGCCAGGAUGCUGGGGCUCGAUCAGUCGGCUUCCACCUCCUCUCCCCGGGGAGCCGGCCCCUCUUCACCAGGGCCGCACUGCAGAGCGGAGCCCCGAACGCACCAUGGGCUUGGAUUUCACUUGAAGAGGCCAAGGCCAGAGGCCAGAGGCUGGGCCAGCUGCUGGGCUGCUCCGAUGGUAACAACACGGCCCUGGUGGGCUGCCUGCAGGGGAAGGAACCCGGGGAGUUCCCCAAACACCAGUUCUCCGUCUUGAACCACAAGAAGCAGCUGGGGCUCCCCUUUGUGCCGACACCAGAUGGAGAUUUCCUCCCUGAUACACCACCAAGACUCCUGCAGGGCAGGCACGGCCAGCCAAUACCCAUCGGGCUUGGUUUCGUCACCAACGAAGGUUCCUACAUAUUAUACUUUGCUGCCCCCAGCUUUAACCUGGAGAACGCCAGCGCCAUCGGCUGGGAGGAGCUGCUGCAGGUGGUGAGGCUGAUAGUGCCAGGGGUGCCAGACAAGGCCAUCCAAGCCAUGGCACGGUGGUACAUCCAGGAAGGGGAGAAGCAGGGAGAGGCACAGUACCGAUGGGCCAUGGAACAAAUCGCUGGUGACUAUGUAGUUGUGUGCCCGGUACUGGAGAUGGCAAGGCAACAGGCAGAGGCUGGAAAUCCUGUGUACACCUACCACUUCGCCCACCGCAGCAGUGGCUUGUCUGUACCUGAAUGGAUGGGGGUGCCACACGGCUCUGAGAUCCCCUACGUGUUCGGGACCCUGGCAUCCGUGGUAGGAUCCAACCACACAGAGGCUGAGGUAGCGCUGAGCCGCAGGGUGAUGCAGUACCUUGCGGUGUACGCCUGGAGCGGGAAACCCAUGGUGGGAGAGGAUAGCGGGAAGCAGUGGCCCACCUAUGACCACGCAAAGCAGAACUUUGAGCGCAUCAGCCUGAAGCCGCCCAAACCUGAGAGGGCAUUACCCGCCUCACGCUGUGAAUUCUUGGCAUCAGUGCUGUCAGAGAAACCAAAGGUCCCAGGAGCAGACCUGCCCAGCCUGGGGGGCCGUGAAUGAAGAGCUGAGCAAUUACAAUCCCCUUAUGGGGGGAACCCUCCAUGCAGACCAGAGGAUCCAGUUCCUGUUAGUGCCUGCCAGUUCAUUAACGAGGAUCCUGCUAAUGAACCAGCUGGGAAUCCAUGGAUUGACCCUCCCUCUGCAAUUCCUCCACCCCCAGUGCAUUAAAGCAUAUUCAGUCUGGAGACCGAGCCCUGGUGUGUGAGGUUGAUUAGCUCCUCCUGAGUAGGAGAGAGAGAGA